GGCUUCUGGGUGACAUCCUGAUUUUAGUUUCUUUUAUUUGCGCUCUUCUUCCUUCUGGAUCAAAAGAAAAGGUGAAAUAAGACAUCAGCGCGGAAAAAUAACGGAACUGAUCCACCUUUUUUAAAAUUAGACAGAAGUGGGCUCAUCCUCUCUGAGCUCUCCUCAUCCUCACCCUUCCUCACCCUCUGCCUCUCAGAUAAUCCUCAUCGUCCUGCCACUGAAAUGUCAACUCCAGAUGCAGCAGGUACUCCGGGAGCCCCUGGGGGCCCAGAAGGAGAGGGAGGCCCUCCAGCUCCUGCCCCCAACCUAACGAGCAACAGGCGACUUCAGCAGACUCAGGCGCAGGUGGAUGAGGUGGUGGAUAUAAUGCGUGUGAAUGUGGACAAAGUCUUAGAGAGGGACCAGAAGCUGUCAGAACUAGACGAUCGGGCCGACGCCCUGCAGGCUGGAGCCUCUCAGUUUGAGAGCAGCGCCGCCAAACUCAAGAACAAGUACUGGUGGAAAAACUGCAAGAUGAUGAUCAUGAUGGCAGUAAUAGGGGUUAUAUGUGUUGGAGUCGUCUUCUUAUAUUUCUUCUACUGAGCUGCUCUUCAGGACUGGAACUACAAGUCCCAGGACAAGUCUGCACCCACAAAUGCCACCGCACCGAGUCGAGACUUUCCUCUGUGCUCCUUGUUCUCCUCUUCCUCAGAAACCUCCAUGCAUGGCCUUUAAUGUGCGCCUCCUUUUCUCUCUGCAAUGAACAGCUUUUUAGAAAAACUAGUUCAUUUGGUUUUGAUGGGCCUCCCUAAAAUGAACCAUUUGGGUGAGUUGGACAAAAUCAGAUCAGUUUGAAUGUUUUAUUGAGUACAGAUAAUUAAAGAAAACCUCAGAUUUACUGGAAAUCCACUUGUUAAACAUGACCACAACUUCCUUAUUCAACAGGAGACGGCAUCUGUCUGAAUACUGCAAAUCAGUAAGGACUCUUAAGCCAAAAGUGCUUCUGCAGUCGCCAUGAUAAGUGCUGUCUGAAUAGUGCAGUAGGGAAGCUUCCUAUCAUAGUUUUGGUCACAUUAUAACAUCUAGAAGGCUAAAGGAUGUCUAGAUUCAGCACAGCAGCUGAGCUCCUUUCCUAACUUCUAUAAUGUUCGAACUAUUGACCCCAUGAAAGGCGAAUGCGGAGGAGCAUUUGCAGCUUUUGGAUUAAGUCACAGUCACACAAUAUAACUUAUCAAUUACAUCCUAACAAUAAUACAUAAAUGAAGCUGUGAAAACACUGUAGGUCAAUCUUUAUUUUCUUAUGGAGUUGUGAAGCUGGUUUUAGUGGUUAUGUUUAACCAAAUCGUAGCCGACCCCUGAGAAACUGCUGACGUUCCGCUUAUUGGUGAUAAUUCUUCCAUUUUCUAAAAGCAUGAAUUUGACAGAAUAAACAAGGAACCUUUGCGAAUUAAAAUUAAGUUUAAAAAAGGUGUGAUGUGUUUCGCGUUGAGUCAAAAAGGAUCUUAAAUGAGAGAAUUUGUGACCCCUUACCCCUGUAGGGCAAGGCAAGUUUAAUUAUAUAUCACAUAUCAGGGGCAAGACGAUUCAAAGGGCUGUACAUGGAAAAAGAAAAAAAGAAAAGAGCAAUGCAGUGGCAUAGAGGCAGCACAAAUAAAAAGAUUGAUGAAAAUAUUUAAAAACGGAUCAAAUGAUAAAGAAAAGGAAAUAAAAGUUAGAUUGGAAACUUAACUAAUAAUGUGUAGAUUGUUCAGUCAAAGGCCAAUCUAAAAGUAUAUGUUUGUAAUCUGGAUUUUGAGCCACUGAUGGGUUCAGUGCUUUUACAGUUUUUUGGAGGAAUUUACUUCAGAUUUGUGAAGCAUCAGAACUAAACGUAGCUUCUCGAUUCUGGUUCUGGGUAAAAUAGAUAAGAAGACCUGAGAGGUCUGGGUGGUUGAUCCACUGACAGCAGGUCUGUAAUGCAUUUUGGAGCUAAGCCAUUGAUUUAUAGACUAACAGAAAUAUUUUAAAGUCUUAUCUCCGAGACUGUAGAGCCUAUGUGGUCAGUUGGAGGUUGGAGUUGUACUUUCAUUUUGUCUUUUGGUGGAACACUAACAGUGAAACUCAUUGAUUGCUAACAUUUAUUGCUUUAAAACGUCCGUUCCAGAGUUGUCUUUCGCUCCUGACUCCGCCCUCUCCUCAGGUGUUACUGUCAGUGUUUCUCUGCUGCUGCUGAUUUAAACCCAACCUGACUUCUGUUCCAACCUCUUUCUGUCUGUUUUGAUCCAUCCUGUGUUUAAUUGAUGUUUUGUCUGCCGGCUUGUGGUUUCUGUGCUUUGAAUGUGCAACAUGUUUAUUUGUUCCCAGAACUUGUUUUUUUGAGGGAUUGAAUUUAUGCAUUAAAAUGAAUGAAUUCAUUGCAUUAUGGUUGACAGGAAAAUCAAAUAAACUCAUAUUUGCAUUU